AUGGAGCCAAAUCCACCAGUGAAAAUGGAACCAAAUCUACCAGUGAUUGCUAAGAGAUUGUGGGGCAUAGUACGUGUGAUGUUCUUCAUGCUGAGAAAAGGCAUUUCAAAGAGAAAGCUGCUGCUCGAUCUCAACAUGAUGAUGAAGCGCGGCAAGAUCGCCGGAAAAGCCAUCGGGAACCUCAUGUUCCACCACCACAGCUCCUCCGCCGCCCGCCGCUCUGCUGACGGCCACAUCUCCUUCGCUGCACCACGUGAGUACGAGUUCAGCUGCAGCAACAGCCCUGCGUAUCCUUACGACUUUCCCUUCAACUUCAACAAAAGAAAACACAACCACCACAACAUCUUUUCUUGUGUUUUCCAAACGCCGCCAACCUCCGACGAUGACUUCACCACCGUGAACGCCGUCAAGGCGGUGCUGGAGAUGCUGAACAGCGAGGUGGCGUCUCCGGCGCUUCCGGGGUUCGGCCGGAGCCCCAUGGUGCGGCAGCUGAGGAUAACGGACUCGCCGUUCCCGCUGAAGGACAUCGACGAGGACAGCGAAGUGGACAAGGCAGCUGAGGAGUUUAUCGAGAGGUUCUAUAAUGAAUUGAAGAAGCAAAAGAUGGAUGGAAGUUUGUCACGUUAA